AUGCGUGAGGAUUUCCCGAUUGUGUUUCAGAGUCGAAAAUUGCUAUCAUAUGGUCAAAUACGGAGUGCUAACUUAAACUCUAGUGGACUAAACUACACAGUCCCUGCCCUGGUAUUCGAGACGAAAAUCUUCUCCGUCAUUGCAAUGUGCCAGGCUUUUGCUCCGCUGCUUCUCAAAGCUCAAGGCACUAUUUUUCAGCUGGCAUCCAUUGCAGGAGUAAGACAUCCCGAAAGCUAG